UACUGAUGGAUACAUAAAUUCACGUCAGAUUGCUUUACCAGUGCGCGUCGCGUCCACCCAGAGCACGAGUAGUCUUCUCCAUGGCAUCGUACUGAACUGAGAGGAAGUUCAUGUUCUUGCAGUCAGAGGCUUUGUCUAUCGGAAUUAAUCUAAUAUCAUGGCUCUCAAUGUUUUUGAUAAUGAUGAAUACAGACCACCAGUAUGGAAAUCCUAUUUGUACCAGCUCCAGCAGGAGGCUCCGCACCCCCGCCGCGUCACCUGCACCUGUGAGGUGGAGAAUCGACCCAAAUAUUAUGGACGAGAGUACCACGGGAUGAUUUCCAGAGAGGAGGCUGACCAGUUGCUGAGUGUGGCUGAAGGCAGCUAUCUGAUCCGGGAGAGCCAGCGGCAGCCAGGAACUUACACUUUAGCCUUACGUUUUGGCAACCAGACCAGGAACUUCCGGCUGUACUAUGACGGCAAGCACUUUGUCGGAGAGAAACGCUUCGAGUCCAUCCACGACCUGGUGACGGACGGCCUGAUCACACUCUACAUCGAGACCAAGGCGGCCGAGUACAUCGCCAAGAUGACCAUCAACCCCAUCUACGAGCACGUGGGCUACACCACGCUCAACUGCGAGCCGGCACCCAAGCGGCACACGCAGCACAGCCCCGUGCACCGGGACGUGCCGGACGGACGUGAGCCCCAGGGGGACGAGGCCAGCCUGGAGGAGAGGCUCACCUCGCUGGUGCGCCGAGCCACGCUCAAGGAGACGGACCGGGCGCCCAAGUACGAGAAAGUCCACAACUUCAAGGUCCACACGUUCCGAGGACCUCACUGGUGUGAAUACUGUGCCAACUUUAUGUGGGGGCUUAUCGCUCAGGGAGUCAAAUGUGCAGAUUGCGGUUUGAAUGUCCAUAAGCAGUGCUCGAAAAUGGUGCCCAACGACUGCAAGCCUGACCUAAAGCAUGUGAAGAAAGUGUACAGCUGUGACCUGACCACCCUGGUGAAGGCCCACAACAGCAAGCGGCCCAUGGUGGUGGACAUGUGCAUACGGGAGAUUGAGUCCAGAGGCUUGAAGUCAGAGGGAAUCUACCGGGUGUCUGGAUUCAGUGAUUUGAUAGAAGAUGCCAAGCUGACGUUCGACAGAGAUGGUGAGAAGGCGGACAUCUCUGUGAAUGUUUAUGAAGAUAUCAACAUCAUCACCGGGGCGCUUAAGCUGUACUUCAGGGACUUGCCCAUCCCCGUCAUCACGUACGACGCCUACCCCAAGUUCAUCGAGGCCGCAAAGUUUACGGACCUUGACGAGCGUCUGGAGGCACUGCACGAGGCUCUGAAGCUGCUGCCGCCGGCACACCACGAGACGCUGCGCUAUCUCAUGGCCCACCUCAAAAGGGUGACCCAAAAUGAGAAGGACAACUUGAUGAACGCAGAAAACCUCGGCAUCGUCUUUGGGCCGACCCUCAUGCGAGCGCCCGACCUGGAUGCCAUGACGGCCCUCAACGACAUCCGCUACCAACGCCAGGUGGUGGAGACCCUCAUCAAGAACGAGGACAUCCUGUUUUAAAUUCACAGCCGCGCCCUGCCUCCAAACCUCCAACAUGAAGGAAUCAAAGAAACGCUUUUGAUACAGGACAGAUUGACUCUGUCUGGUAUUUUGAUUUUCUUUCUUUGGUGCAAAGACUUGAACCUUUUGAAGGACCCUAUGUCAUUCUAGUCUCAGUGGCUCCGCGCUCAGUGGAUGCAGUACUAACACUCAGCCUCACUUUCAUUCUUUUCUCUCUGUUUCAUGGCUGUGGAUUAUGGACCUUAAUCUUGCAUGUCUUCCUCCCCAUUUUUGUCGGGGGUUUGUUGAGAAACGCAGACUUUGCAGAGCAGAUUUUGCAGAGUGUCUUUAUUUUGGAUAGCUUCGUAGCCGUAACCCCAGCAUGUGUUCUCUCUCUCUUUUUUUUUAAGAUUGUGAAGUUCAAAAGCAUUGUGACUGUGCUUUUAUUUAAUUUUUUUAUUUUGUCCUGUGGAUGUACAGUAGCUCCCGGUUGACCGAAAGGGCAAAUUGUUUUUGUGAAACAUUGUCUACAGUACCUGGAUGUAAUAGAUAAGGUUUAAUCAAUCACUCGUCAAUUUCUCUCCAAUCAAUUUCUCUUGAUAACCACUUCUCUCUGCCUCUUAGGUUUUUAUAUGCAGUAUCAUGUCAGGUGGAUUUCAGAGCCUCCUAUUUAAACAGACAACAAUCAACGUUUUUACUGUUAAUAUUUCAUUUGUGCUAGACUCACUCACCUCAAAUUCUAUUGCACUCCACCUCCAACCUUAUUUGUACAGCUCCUGAUUUCAUUGUAAUGCUUUUGUUUGAUUUGUAUUAGAUUUUGCGCAUGGAAACGUUAAUUUAUUAAACUUUACUUUACUAGAAAUCUGUGUACAGAGCCAACUAAUUGAUUUGGUUGCACACAAUAAAGUAAUCCAUGUUUUGA